AUGGCGGAGAGCGAGGCCGAGACCCCCAGCACGCCCUGCGAGUUCGAGAGCAAGUACUUCGAGUACAAUGGGGUGCGGCUACCGCCCUUCUGCCGCGGGAAGAUGGAGGAGAUCGCCAAUUUCCCGGUGAGGGACAGCGACGUCUGGAUUGUCACCUAUCCCAAAUCAGGCACAGGCUUGCUGCAGGAAGUGGUAUAUCUAGUGAGUCAGGGAGCUGAUCCAGAUGAGAUUGGACUAAUGAAUAUAGAUGAGCAGCUUCCAGUCCUAGAGUACCCUCAACCUGGUCUGGACAUCAUCAAGGAACUGACGUCCCCUCGCCUCAUCAAAAGCCACCUGCCCUAUCGAUUUUUGCCUUCAGACCUCCACAAUGGCAACUCAAAGGUAAUAUACAUGGCUCGCAACCCCAAAGACCUGGUGGUGUCUUAUUACCAGUUCCACCGCUCCCUAAGGACCAUGAGCUACAGAGGAACAUUUCAGGAGUUCUGCAGAAGGUUUAUGAAUGACAAGUUAGGAUAUGGUUCAUGGUUUGAACACGUGCAAGAGUUUUGGGAACACCACAUGGAUGCCAAUGUACUUUUUCUCAAGUAUGAAGAUAUGCAUAAGGACCUAGCAACAAUGGUUGAGCAGCUGGUGAGGUUCUUAGGAGUUUCUUAUGACAAAGCACAGUUGGAAUCCAUGGUGGAACACUGCCAUCAACUCAUUGAUCAGUGCUGUAAUGCAGAGGCUCUUCCUGUUGGCAGGGGACGAGUUGGGCUAUGGAAAGACAUCUUCACUGUUUCUAUGAAUGAGAAAUUUGAUUUAGUUUAUAAACAGAAGAUGGGAAAAUGUGACCUCACAUUCGAUUUUUAUUUAUAA